GACACACACCCCACACCCCGUCCCUAACACACCCCACCAGUGACACCCAAAAUUCCCCAGACCACACUAGGUCUCGCCGCCGGCUGCCCUCACCCUCGCCAUGGACGGCGAUGGAGAUCCCCACGACGGGCAUCACCCUCAAAAUCCUGCCCCUUCUGACCCUCGACACCCCCAGCUUGAGGAGGAAGGUAAUCCCCUCCCUCAUGAAGCGCAGAAGGAAAUGGCAGCAGUGAGGAGAGCGAAUAAGGUAGCGCGGAAGAUACGGCGUCUGAGGGCCAAAGCUCUCGCGCGGGGGCAGGUAAAGCUACAGAAGGAGGAUCUGUCCCAAAUCACACCAGGAUCGUCCGUAGCCCUCGCCAUGGGAACCCAUGGCUACUCUGAAACUCCUCCUGACACUCAACACAGCGGGGAGCAAGCUCUGAAGCCCGGGCAAGUGCUUCGUACGGGAGUGUUGGUGGAAGCGCCUGACAAAAUCCCCUCUUCCGCCGGCACUGAUGUGUCAGCAGCACCCCCAAGACCACAUAUUCGCCAGAGCGUUUUGUACUCAGAUCGCCCAAGGCGAUCCAGGAAACCUACAUCAGAUAAGCUACCGGUUGAGGAGCAUGCCGGUGAGGUGAGCAGCAGGGAGUUUCAAGUCUCGACACAUCAUCAGUCACGCUCCACACGUGAGUCAACUCACAGGGUUGAGGAGAAUGCUAACAAGGUGAGUGGCAGUGUGGAUCUACCUGAAUCGAAGACACUAGCGCUGAAUGACACACGUCCUAAGCCUGAAUUAACUGAUAGGGUUGAGGAGAAUGCUGGCAAGGUGAGCAGCAUUGAGGGUCCUGCAGUUAAGGUUCUACUGGUUGAGGUGGAUGCUGGUGAGGUGAGCAGCAUGGAGUUUAAAGCAUCUACACUCCGCCAGUCACCUCCUACACUUAACUCAACCCACAGGUCCAAGGAAUGUGCUUAUGACACUGCCGAAAGUAAGACUGGCUCUGAAAUUGUUGAGGAGGAAAAGCUUGCAGAUGAAUCAGAUCCUUGGGCACAAGAAUAUCGUGAGAUACUAGAGUACUUGGCCGAACAUAGAUAUACUGACGUCGUGGAGGCUAUGAUUGCCGCUAGUCAUGGCUUUAGCAACCCGGCCCAGCAUAAACUGGAUGCUGAAGCAAGGUCAUCAGGAGAGGAAUUAAAAUUUCCUGAAGUCUCCAAGUCCUUUGCCUCCCCAACAGAGAAUUCAGUGCAGGGAGAACCGUCUACCAAAGAUAUCAUUGAGAAUGCUAAGAAGUGGAUGGGCGAGGAAGUCAUGGUGGCUUUCAAGAAGUACAUCAAAUGGCAGGACCAAUUCAAAGACGUGGAGUAUAGCCUGGAUGAGCUUCAACAUCAGUGCUUCAGCGUGGAGAGCUAUGACCAUACCUUCCAUCACUUCAACUUCACCGUUAAGAUGAAGAAGCCAGACGGUGAUUGGUCAUCGACGCCCUAUUUUGCUCAAGUGAAAGAGAUCUAUGGAAGAAAAUAUUAUACCUGCUACGAACUAAGUUCAUAUGAUGAUGGUCACUGCUACGCGUGCAUAAAUCAAGGAAUGCAUGCACUGAAGCACCCUAUUGGUGAGUUCGGGUACGACGGUGGCCAUCCUGACACGGGGUCCCCCUUCAUUUAUCUUAGUGACGAUGAAUAAUCAGAUGUCGAGCUAUUACGGUGUGUUUCAGUCAAUGACGGGACGGUUACAUCUUCUGAUCUGCAUGUAGUUCAGUAUUUAAUUAUUCUUGAUACUGAACGUUUGCUCAGGAGUCGCCGUGUUUGUAGUACAAUUGUGAAUUAUGUACGUAGAUGUUUUUUUUUGGGAUCAGAAAUUUGUAUUCUGUCUCCAAAAAGGGCUAUAAAUUUUAGGGAAAUGUUAACUAGGGAACGUUCGUCCA